CGACUGACAACAAGGCCGGUAGCUCUACGUCGAAGCCCCUCGAGUGGCCUGGCCUAAUAUUGGGUGAGACCCUGGCCCUAGGCUGGGGUUCUUUCUAUACAGGGGAGACGGAUUCAGAAGGGCUACAGACCAAGAUUGUUGAAAACCAGACAUAUGAUGAGCGUCUAGAGAUUAACGACUCUGAAGAGGUUGCAAGUGUUCAUACUCCAACCCCAAGACACAAAGGACUUCUUCAUUCCACCCAUCUUCCUAACAAGACUAUGGCUGACAACAGCAGUGAUGAGUAUGAAGAGGAAAACAACAAGGAGAAGAAAAAGACCUCACAGCUGACACCUCAACGAGGCUUCAGUGAAAAUGAUGAUGAUGAUGACGACUCAUCUGAGACAGAAUCUGAUGAAGAUGAUGAUGAUGAAGAGCAUGGGGCCCCUCUGGAAGGGGCCUAUGAUCCUGCAGAUUAUGAACAUUUGUCAGUUUCAGCUGAGAUUAAGGAACUCUUCCAGUAUAUCAGCAGGUACACACCUCAGUUGAUUGACCUGGACCACAAGCUUAAACCUUUCAUUCCUGAUUUUAUCCCUGCUGUUGGGGAUAUUGACGCAUUCUUAAAGGUCCCACGUCCUGAUGGAAAGCCUGACAACCUUGGCCUGUUGGUAUUGGAUGAGCCUUCUACAAAGCAGUCAGACCCUACGGUGCUCUCACUCUGGUUAACGGAGAAUUCUAAGCAGCACAACAUUACACAACAUAUGAAAGUAAAGAGCCUAGAAGAUGCAGAGAAGAAUCCCAAAGCCAUUGACACAUGGAUUGAGAGCAUCUCAGAGUUACACCGUUCAAAGCCCCCUGCAACCGUGCACUAUACCAGGCCUAUGCCUGAUAUUGACACGCUGAUGCAGGAAUGGUCUCCAGAGUUUGAAGAGCUCUUGGGCAAGGUGAGCUUGCCCACAGCCGAGAUUGACUGCAGCCUGGCCGAGUACAUUGACAUGAUCUGUGCCAUCCUAGACAUCCCCAUCUACAAGAGUCGGAUUCAGUCCCUGCACCUGCUCUUCUCCCUCUACUCGGAAUUCAAGAACUCCCAGCAUUUUAAAGCUCUAGCUGAAGGCAAGAAAGGAUUCACCCCUCCAUCCAACCCCUCUUCCCAAGCUGGAGAUGCAGAGACAUUAACCCUCAACUGAGACAACCCCCAGGUCUCCCCGUUCUGAAUCUGAGCUGGCUCCUGUCCCCCAACUGAGGAGAGACAGCCACCAGCUACACGGCGGCCACACGGCGGCCAUGCCGCACCACAGCCUGUUGCGGGGACGCCGAUGUCCUGCUGCCCUCUGCCUCUCUGUGUGCCUUCCGUGAAUGGCUUCUGCUCAUCUCGGGUUUUCUUGCCACGGGAAUUAUGUAUCUAUGCUGCUGUGGGGACUUGAGUUAUAAAAUAGAAGGAUUGGAUGUGUGGGGUUCCAGGGUGCUCAGGCUGGGAGGAAGGCUUAAAAGAUGUUCUCUUUGAGAUAGCGAUGCAAUUCUUUUCUUUCAUUCCUAAAAUUAGUUGGCAAAGAUUUUCCAAAUAAAAUGCUCUAUCUUUCCGUU